AUGCGCUUUCGCUUCAUUUCCAAUGAACAUGGUAUCGAUCCUACAGGCACAUAUCAUGGUGAUUCUGAUCUUCAACUUGAACGUAUCAAUGUUUAUUAUAAUGAAGCAGCUGGAGGUAAAUAUUUUCCACGUGCUAUACUUGUUGAUCUUGAACCAGGAACUAUGGAUUCAGUUUGUGCUGGUAAUAAUUGGGCUAAAGCUCAUUAUACUGAAGGUGUUGAAUUAGUUGAUUCUGUUUUGGAUGUUGUACGGAAAGAAUCAGAAUCAUGUGAUUGUCUUCAAGGCUUUCAGUUAACUCAAUCAUUUGGUGGUGAUACUGGAUCUGGUAUGGGUACAUUGCUUAUUUCAAAAAUUCGUGUAGAAUAUCCUGAUCGUAUUAUGAUGACAUUUAGUAUUGUUCCAUCACCAAAAGAUUCUGAUAUUGUUGUUGAACCAUAUAAUGCAACACUUUCAGCUCAUCAACUUGUUGAAAAUACUGAUGAAACAUAUUGUAUUGAUAAUGAUGAAGCAUUAUAUGAUAUAUGUUCUCUAUCAGCAACAAUGUCUGAUAUAACAACAUGUCUCCGAUUUCCAGGUCAAUUAAACGCUAAUUUAUGUAAAUUAGCUGUAAAUAUGGUUCCAUUUCCACAUUUCCACUUUUUUAUGCCUGGUUUUUCACCAUUAACAUCAAGAGGAUGA